AUGUCCCGGUUCCUGUAUCCCAAUCCUGCUAUCUCCGUCCCGCUAUCCUGGUAUCCCGAUCCUGCUAUCUCGGUCCCGGUGUCCCGGUCCCGCUACCCCGGUCCGGGUAUCCCACUAUCCCGUCCGGGUAUCCCGCUGUCCCGGUUCUGGUAUCCCGAUCCCGCUAUUGCGGUCCGGCUGUCCCGCUAUCCCGAUCCGAGUGUCCCGGUUCCGUCCGGGUGUCCCCCUAUCCCGGUCCGGGUGUCCCGGUUCCGGGUGUCCCGGUCCCGCUAUCCCGGUCCGGGUGUCCCGCUAUUCCAGUCCGGGUGUCCCGCUAUCCCGGUCCGGCUGUCCCGGUUCCGAUAUCCCGAUCCCGCUAUUCCAGUCCGGCUGUCCCGCUAUCCCGGUCCGGGUGUCCCGGUUCCGGUAUUCCGGUCCCGCUCUCCCGGUCCGGGCGUCCCGGUUCCGGAGCCGCCCUGCUCGGACAGGGAGGAGGAGGAGGAGGAGGCGGCAGGACUCUCCGUGCCCGGGGUCUAUUUCAGCUGCCCGCUCACGGGCGCCGUGGUGAGGAAGGGCGCCAAGGACAAGCACAUCCGAGAGGCCAUCCUGGCAUAUUUCUCCGUGGAUCCCGUGGCCGCCUCCAUCAUGGAGAUCCACACGUUCAACAAGGACCGGGAGAAGGUGCGCGUGGGCGUGGAGACCAUGGCCAGGUACCUGGAUAAUAUCUAUCUUCAUCCAGAGGAGGAGAAGUACCGGAAAAUCAAACUACAGAACAAAGUGUUUCAGGAAAGGAUAAGCUGCCUGGAAGGGACACACAAAUUUUUCCAAGCUGUUGGCUUUGAGACGAAAACACUACCCAUUCCAGAACAAGAGACCACAGAGGAGUACUACGUGCUGAAGGAGGAGAUGCUGAGCAGGUUGGAAGACCUCAAGGACUACAAGGAGCAGCUUUUGAGCUCGGAGCCGGUGCGAGCGCGGCUGGAGCGGCAGCUCUCCGUGUUCAAACCCUCCCUGGCAGCCGCCCGCUUCGAGCUGCCCAACGACUUCUACAACCUCACGGCCGAAGAGAUCAAGCGGGAGCAGAGGCUGCGGUCGGAAGCGGUGGAGAAGGCCUCGAUGCUGCGGACGAGGGCCAUGCGGGAGCGGGACGAGCAGAGGGAGAUGCGCAAGUACAACUACACCCUGCUCCGCGUCCGCUUUCCCGACGGAUACAUCCUCCAAGGGACAUUUUAUGCACGAGAAUCAAUAUCUGUGCUCUACAGUUUUGUGAGAGAAGCGCUUGUCAAUGACUGGCUGCCCUUUGAGCUGUUGGGGCCUGGAGGUGUCAAACUGACAGACGAGACCUUGGCCUUCAAUGAAUGUGGGUUGGUGCCCUCGAGCCUCCUGACCCUGGUGUGGGAUGCAUCGGUCAUGGCAGACAUCCAGGCUGCGGGAGAGGAGCAGCCCACGAGCCCCCUCAAACCGCAGCUCCUCUCCCAGGUCCAGACCCUGUCAUGAAAUAAA